AGAGGCCACGCGAAACACAGAAACGCCAGUACGAGCAGACACUUUUCGAAACGCCGACUCAGCGGCUGGAUCACGCUUGACGAGCCACAAAAAACGGUUCUAUUUUAUAUUUUCGAGUUUUCAACAGUUUUCAUCAACCCGUGAAAACAAGUUUUCAAUCCGAGAGAUAAAAAGAAAAAAAAAUCAUCGGAACUCUGCCAAAAAUAUUAUUUUUCUCUAGAGUGUUUGUUCUUGGGCACGGGGAUUAACCCGGAAAUUCUUCAUUUAUAAAAAUAAUUUGAAAUUUCUUUAAAUUGUAUUCAAUUUUUUAAACGCUUUAAUAUUUUCUUAGUCAUUUCCAUUUUCUUUAAAUUUUUUCAACUGUUUUCGAGACUGAUUUUCGAAUGCUUAAAGUUCCGAUCUUUUUUUCGUAAUCGUCGCGGCUUAGAGGGAAGAACUUCCUCUUUCGGAUAAAUAUUCGAACAAUUUCGAUUCUUUCCGGUCGUCAAGUGACUUGACGUGUUUUCUCUGAUUUAGAGCAAGUGGCGUAUUCGUAAGUAUAUUUAACAUCAACACGUGCUAAAAGGAAAAUUAACAGUGUGAAAGGGAAAACUUAAAAGCUGGAGUUUGUAAAACUUUAUACUGAAAGGCUGCACAAGAAGGAGACAGUUUUUGGUUUAGGAACCAGUUACAGUUCUGUAAUUGGUAGUGAUAUUUGAGUGCUUCGUGAUAAAAAAGUGUUUUCAUCUGUUUGAAGAGGAUUGAAGAUUCGCAACGAUGAAAAGAGCGGUGCUUACCGCUUGUUUGCUGAGCUUGGCCUUCGCAGGAAGUCCCAGGUUACCCAGGACUUCUGCCGAUCAGCGCAGCAUCCGAAAUGCAAAUGUCAACAAUAAUAUCACUGGAAAUAUCUUACCAUCUCCUUCUCGUGGAUCACCCAGAAGCAGAGAGCAAUAUCUCUUCAAUGUUUUUGAGGUCAUCGUCUCAACCUUGGAAUCAAAACUGCAGAGGAUCGAGAAUCUUGAUAAGGCUGUGGAACAUUUGAUGAGGAGGGUGGAGGCUCUUGAUUCAAGGGUCAAUGAUAACAUUGACAAAACAGAUGCAGUGAUCACAAAAUUGAGGACACUGGACCUUAAACUCUUUCAUGCACAGCCUCCUCUUCUACCCGAAGGGAUUGUAGCUUCGACGAAAACAGCUGAAAGCAGAAGCGGAAGUGACGAUGAUGAAGUUCCAAUAAUAAGACUCAUACACAAUGACGAACCAUCGCCGGAUUAUCUCGGUGAAAAGCUGCUCUCUCUGGACCAGAAAGUGUCUGACAUUGACCAUAAAUUGGUAAACUUAAAAAACCAAUUAGAUAAUAAUUUUCUGCCAAGUGACGACAUCAACGCAGAGGCAAGUGAGAAGAAGCCAAUCAGUAUGAACGUUAUCGAAAUAACAAAGGCGAUGAGCAACGAGGUCAUGAAUCAUGUAACCAUCGAAAUCGAGAAUCUCAGACAAGCGACGGGGAACAUGGAUCGGAAGCUGCAGUUCCAUAUGAAUCUUGUCUCGGAAAACCUUGGAGCUGUUUACAAUAUGAUGAAAGAUGUUCACGAGGCUAUUGUGGACAAGAACUCUGCUUCUGCCAAUGCAACAACCACUGAGGCGCCACCCAAGCAGAGCAAAAUCGACAGACUUGUUGAACAAAUGCACCCCAUGCUGACUGUUUCAGAAAAGAUGGAUGAAGUGUGGAAUGUCGUGGUUGGGACAAAGAGUUCAGUAGACGACCUUGUACCGAAAUCAGAUGAACUAUUGACACAAACUCAAAGACAGGAGAGAGCAAUUAGUGAAAUUCAUGCUGAUUUGAGGUCCAAAACGAACAAAAUAAUCCAAAAUCUCGAAGGCGUUGAGAAAAGAAUGAAGAAACAAGAAGAUGACGUAGCUAAUUUGGCGCAACGUCCCAUUCCUGCCGAAUUAUUACUCGAUCCCACGAUCGACCGACUUGUUGAGUACGAUCCAAGCAGAUAUAUCGGAUUAAAUGAAGAAUUUGUGACUGAUACUCCAACAGCAUCAAAUACAGUAACAACAACAACGACUCCUUCAAUUUCAACUUCAUCUCCAACUUCAUCAAUAGCUUCACCAACGAAUAGUACUCCUCCAGUUACAACGCCGAUGUCUCCAUCAGCUUCAAGUUCUCAAAGAUCGACGACAAGAAAUCGAGGAGUUAUUUUCCCCAGUGUGAAAAAUAAACCCAUUCCUCCAAAUUCGACAUUUACUACUGAUGUUGUUGUUAACAUCAAGGACGUUAGGGGCUACUCUUGCAUCGACCUACUGAACGCGGGAAUGAGAGAUAGUGGUGUUUACUACCUUCAGAUUCGAGGCACAACCUACUGGUUUCUCAAGGUCUUCUGUGAGCAGGAAAUCGCUGAUGGUGGUUGGACGAUAAUUCAAAGGAGGGACGAUUAUGGAGAACCCAGGGAAAACUUCAACAGAGACUGGGCAGAUUACAAAAAUGGAUUUGGAGAUCCCGCGAGGGAAUUCUGGCUUGGAAAUGAAAAUAUCUAUAUGUUGACGAAUAAUGAAGAUUACAUGCUUAGGGUCGAGCUUGAAGACUUUGAGGGUAACAAGAGGUAUGCUCAAUAUUCUCAUUUCAAGAUUUACUCUGAAGGAGAGUAUUAUAAAUUGGAGAUCGAUGGAUAUGAGGGAAAUGCAGGUGACUCUCUAAAUGACCCAUGGUAUGGAUCGAAUAACAGUCCAUUCUCAACUUAUAAUAGGGACAACGACAGGUCAUCCUUGAAUUGUGCUUCAAUGCUCAAGGGUGGCUGGUGGUGGAAGUCCUGUGGACGUGGACUCAAUGGUCUCUAUUUGAAUGAUCCUCAGGACCUCACAGCACGACAAGGAAUCGUCUGGUUCCGCUGGAGAGGGUGGGAUUAUACGUUGAAGAAGGCCACGAUGAUGAUCAAACCGAAAGGUUCAGUGACUGCGGCGUGAAAAAAAUCACUUUACUCCAGAGUCUAAAGCAACUAGCGCCCUUUAUUUCUUAAGAUAACUUUCUGUUUAAGUAUCUAAUGUUAAUGGCUGUCGCCUGCGGCCCUAGAUAUACUUUUCGAUCGAGAGAAAGGACUCGCAAGGUUACACGCCCCUGCAUUCGCUACUCUGAACAGUCGAAGGAACUGCAGGGCAAUUUGUAAAGAAACAUGAUUUCUUGUGAGCAAUUUCUGUAAUUUUCCAAUUCUCUAUUUCAUUCUUAUGGCCUAUGGAAAUCGUCGCGUAACUAAUAUGAUAAAACUGAGGCUAAACGGAGAAGCCACUUUGUCUAAUUUGUUUUAUACAUAAUCGAAACAGUACAAUGAUUUUCUGAAAAUGCCGUCUUUUCGGAGAAAAAGGUGCGUGAAUUGUUCCGCUAUUCAUCUAAAGAGGGAGUCUGUAAAACCGAAAUCAUUAAUUACCUCGGUAAAACCGAGAAUAUUAAUCAUCUCUGACCGAGACGUUCACCAAGUGCCUUUUUCGCCAAGUGCCUCGCUCUUUAAUUUCCUCUGAAUUCAGAUAGCGGUUUAAACGUGAUACUAUAUGCGCGUGCGUGAAACGACAUUCAAAUAAUCCGCCAAUACAUCUCAUUGAUGUUUCACGCCAAGACCUAGAGGCGUAGUUUAACCAUGCAGUGGCUUACUGAGCACUCCAUGUACCGUGAUGCCGGAAAUAGGAUGAAUUGUCUUAUUUCGAUUACAUAAAAAAUAGAAGUUUCUCCGGAAAAAGCGGGCUUUUCCGAAAACCUUUGUAAUCUUUAGAUUAUGUGUAAAAACUAGACAGAACGGUUCCUUCGCUUGACCACAGUUUUACGAUCAGAAUUUCUCGAGGAUAGCCAAGGGCCUUAAGGGCCCUGGAAAUUGAGGCAAAAUCGUAGAAAUACGAUUCAGGGCAAACUAUGAAGCCAUUUUUGUCUUAUUUUUUGUAUAAACACUCUAAUGAGUAUAAAAACUGUCGGUAAAGGUUGCUUUUUUCGGAAAAAUUAUAUUUUUCAUGUAAAAAUUAGAAGAAAGAAAUUUUCCUCGACACCAUCGUUGUAGUAAUGUGUCCUACUAUUCAGCGUAGCAGGGAGCAAGUAAGGCCAUUUUAGAGCUCAGAUUUUCCUUUGGGCGAUCCUAGCAAGAAAAGAAAAAAAGGCCUGGUACUACUAUGACCUAAAGUAAUUCAUUCAGGGGCGAACACACCGUAUACGAAAACUAGGGGCCCCUACCUAUUUGAGUAUGUGACUUCCUAAAGGGUACAAUUUUCGGAAACUUACUCCUAAAGUAGUACCUUGUACAUUAAAUGCCAGCAUACAAGCUCUCUGUAUAAAAAGGCAGACUGUACAAACAUGCAAGACAUCAAUUAUCUGUGUGGCCCUAUUUCCUCCGAAAAUUUAACAGAUUAUACACAAAUUUUACAUGUUUGCACAACUCAGGGGCUGUCUACAAUAACCGGUUAUAUAGAAGUCUAUAAGUCUAACGCUCCGUUUUGUUGACGAAGCGAGGGCUUGCACACAAAGGUUUCAAAUGUUAAUUUUGCAAGCAUAUAUAGAAAUAUGAAAUGUAAUUGCGUAUCUUCCUUUCUGCAUGAAAGAACAGUAACGCAGGAAGAAGUCCUCAUGCACUAACAGGUUUCCGAGAUAACGUUUCAUCGAAAGGACAAGAAAGUCCCCUAAUUAGAAUAUCUUAAUUCACUUUUCGAAAUCUUGGUCAGUUUUUCUUUAAACAUUUUAAUCAUUUAUUAUUGAACAUUAUGACAAAUUUAAAAAUCGUAUUUUUUGUUUGAAAAUUAAGAUAUAUUGAGUUGACAAAACAUUUUUUUUUGUACAAAUUGGUCUUUUUCCGUGCAAAAUUAAUCUUCUUAUUUGCAAAUACAAAUUCUUGGUUGAAUUUAUUACAAUUCUUUUGCUUGCUAUACAAAAAGCAACUAUGUUCUUAAAAAGUCAUUAUUUUCUGUUGAACCUUACAUCAUUUCGUUGGAAAAUUAGUAUUUUUCGGUCGAAAUUAACUCUUUGUCUUUAAAAAUUAACAUUCUGUAUUGCAAAUCUCACUGUCUUCUCAUAAUUAAAUUUAUUUUCUUGAAAAAAGUGCACAAUUUUUUUACAAAAGUCUUCUUUUUGGUUGAAAAGUCACCUGUUUCUUUGAGCAUUAAUUCAUCUCUUGUAUUAAAAAAUAUUAUGUACAUACUAUUAUAUAUAAUAGUUUUCGUAUACGGUGUGUUCGCACUUGAAUGAAUCACUGUUAGUCAUAUUAAUUCCAAGCACUUUUUUCUUUUCCCGCUAGGAUUGUCGAAAGGAAAAUCUGAGCUCUAAAAUGGCAUGGCCUGCUCCCUGCUUCGCUGAAUAGUAGAACACAUUACUACAACGAUGGUGUCGAGGAAAAUUUUUUUCUUUUAAUUUUUACAUAAAAAAUAUAAUUUUUCGAAAAAAGCGGCCUGUACCGAUAGUUUUUAUACUCUUUAGAGUAUUUAUGCAACAAGUUAGACAAAAUAGCUUCACCUUUCGCCCUAUAUCUUAUUUUUACGAUUUUGCCUUGAUUUCCAGAGCCCUUAAGUAAUUUCUCUCUAGAAAUUUCAUUUUAAGUGAAUGCGUCAUUUUGUAAAAGUGCCUAGAUUUUGUUUAAGUAGAUCCAAAUUCUAGGCAGCGAUUGUAAUUAUGCAGUUUUUGGUUCAAAGAUCCUCUGCGAUUUAAUCUGCAUAAGCCAUCUCACAGUAUUUUAAUAUUUUAAUAUCGUAAGGCAUGACUUUGUCGAAUGAAAAAUGUGGUCAUGAUAUCAGUAAUGGUUUCCAGUUUAUAUAAGGGCCGCUAAACGCAGCUUUUCAUGAAAACAGUUUCAAAAAUUAUACGAAAAAUCCAAAUUGUUAAGUUUUUACAUCAACAGUUUAAUUGGUGAAUUGCACUUUUAGAAAUUUUUGACGAAAAACCACACCGGUGCUUAUAAAUUGUUACUGUUAUGUUUUACUUGUGACGGUUGAUAAUUUCUUCACUGAUUUUAUCUUGAGGAAAGGCCAAGACGAGAAGUUAGAAGUCAGCUAAAAAAUUUUUCAAUAUAACGAUGGAUUAUUAGAAUAGCUUUUAUUUGAAAUAUUUUUAAAAACUCGAAUUUAAAAAAGAAUGAUUUUAAAACUGCAUAUUCAUCGUUGUAUUGAAAACUCCUAGAAUUUUGUGUACAUUUUCCUCUUAUUUGGAAACGUGGUUGAGCAAAUUAAAAAAACUCUAUAAAACUAAUAUAUAUUAAUUAUUAAGAAUGAUCAAAGUAGUUGUAGCAGCUGGUAAAACAGGUGAAUAAUUUAUUAAAUUUUGUAUUGUCUUCACUUAUUGUCGCUCAAAUGUAUAUUUUACUUUUUUUUAAGAGAUUCGCUCAACCAGCGUGCGGUUAAUCAAUAAUGGAUUAGAUGUAGUAAGCUUAGUGUUUAAUGAAUUGAGGCUAUCGGGACAAUGAUGCAAUGUCCAAAUGAUUUACAAGCUUUUUCCAAGAAAUUCUUAAACUGCAAGAGUAAAUAAUUUGUAGUGGACGCUAACGUAAAACAGCGGUUUCAGCAUUUCUUUAAGGGUCGCACACAGAAAGAUUAUACAAUAUACACAAUAUUAAUUUUAAUUUUUCUACUGUAUAAAACAUGCGCACGUCAUUUUUUCCUGGAAAAUCACCCUCACUUCUUCCCUUCUCACAAGUCAUCACCCUUGGUAUGUUUAUUCUGGCACGAAUAAUAGAACUAGCAGGACCCUUUCUGUUUCUUUUUUAUUUUAUUGGAUUCAGUCACUGCAGUGAAAGAACGUCUGUUUUCUGAAAAGGCUAUUCCUUACUAAAAGCAUGUAAAGCUUUUUAAAAAAUGCCUCCCUGUCCUUAGAGGAACUUCAGAAUUUAAGUAAAAUGGAAUGUAUAAUAUUUAAAUUAUAUUGAGAGUAUGAAUAAUACUUACUUAAUUCUAUAAAAAUUUAUAAUAACUUCGUAACUAAUAUUUAUAAGCUUCUAUUCGCAGAUGCUUUAAUUUGAACUUUUCCGUGGGAAAUGAGAUUCUCCGGUUUAAACGGAUAAAAAUUUGUAGACGAAUUUUGUAUAUUGCACUCUUUUCUACAAUUUCUUCUGAUUGAGAAGACCUUACUAAAAUGAGUUACGAAUGCAGCUUUACAAUUGUCUUAGUCUAUUGUUUGGAUGAAAAAUUAAAUAACUGUAAAUAAAGAAGAUGACUAAGUAUUA